AUGGGCGGCUCCCUCGGCAAGGCGGAGCUCGCGCUGCUCGACCAUGGCGUCAGGUGGUGGAGCGAUCAGGGUGGCGCUCCCGUCUCGUACACGACGCUCGACGUCCCGCUGCACGACGGCGACGGCUCUCACAUCCACACUGUCGAGUACUUUUCCAAGGGCGGCCAGAAGGGGGCGAAGCGAGCGCCGCUCGUGUGCCUGCACGGGUACGGCUUUGGCACGGGCCUGUACUUUAGCACGAUGCCGUCGAUCGUCGGGCGGUGGGGCGGCCGCGUGUUUGCGCUCGACUCGCUCGGCUGCGGCCUGUCUAGCCGGCCGCGCUGGAGGCUGGCGCAGGGCGAGUCGGCCGACGUCGCAGAGGUGGAGGAGUUCUUCGUCGGCGGGCUCGAGCGCUGGCGGAAGAGCAUGAAGAUUGACCGGAUGGUGCUGCUGGGACACUCGAUCGGCGGGUACCUCGCCGUCGCCUACGCGGAGCGGUACCCGCAGCACGUCGACCGGCUGAUCCUGGCCUCUCCCGUGGGCGUGCCGCACCCGCCCGCCGAGCUGGCGGCCGCGAUCGGCGACGCGCCCUUCCUGGUCCGCACGGUGCUCGGCAUGUGGAGGAGUGGGUGGAGCCCGAUGACGCUCGCCAAGCUCGGCCUCGGCAACAUGAUGAUGCGCGGCUACGUGAGCCGCCGCUUCGCCGACGUGGACUGGAUCCCAAAGGACCUGCUCCAGGCGUACCUCUACCAGAACUGGUCGGGCGGCCGCAACAGCGGCGGAGGCUACGCGCACAGCACGCUGCUCGUCCCGGGCGGUCUCGGCGAGCUGGCUUACGCGAGGCAGCCGCUCGUCGAUCGGAUCCCGCGCCUGCGCGUGGGCCGCAUCUCGGCCAUCUACGGAGAGUUCGACUGGAUGGACCACCGGAACAUGAAGGCGCUCAAGACGAGCCUGCUCAAGAGGAAGGCCGAGGCGGGCCUCGAGGCGCCGCUCAUUGAGGUGAUCCGCGUGGCGAGCGCGAGCCACCAAAUCCCGAUCGACAACCCGCUCGGCUUUGCGGAGGCCGUCCUCGACUCGUGCAACGACGCGGACGCCGCCCACGGCACGACGGUGGGAGGCUCGCGGGGCGCGAUCGGGCGGCUCGUGCCGGGGUAUCACUGA